GGCGUCGCUCUGUCGGUUAGCGCCACCUAGCGCCGCCGCGCCGCCAGCGCCCCGCCGGAGAUCCAUGGCGGCAGCGGCGGAGGGGCCGGGCGGGCGAGCGGCGGGCCCGGCGGAGGCCCGGGAGCGGGCAGGCGGGGAGGUCGGCGGUGAGGACGCCGGCGGACUUUGGGAGCUGCCGGUGGAAACGGCCGUGCGCAGGCCGGAAUGCAAUGGGUGCAGACGUCCUCAGAAGGUGUGCUUGUGUCCGUUCCUGCCAAUCCAUCCUCUCAACGUCUCCACUUACUUGUACAUAAUUCAGCACCCAGCAGAGGAAAAUCGAGUAUUGCGGACAGUGCCUUUGCUAGCAGCGUGCCUCCCCCAAGAUAAGUGUAAGGUCAAGAUUGGUCGACGUUUCAAUGAAGACAGAGAUCCUGAACUGUCAGCCAUUUGCCGAAACUCCAGUACAUUGAUUUUGUAUCCGGGUGAAGAAGCAGCUAAUUUGGAGGAAUUGGCACCAAGUCUUCCUAAUUGUCCUUCGAGCAUCAUCAUUAUUGAUGGGACGUGGAGCCAGGCUAAAGACAUAUUCUACAAGAACUCCCUGUUUCGACUGCCUAAGCAGGUGCAGCUUAAAACCAGCAUCUCCAGCCAGUAUGUAAUUCGGACACAACCAACCAAUAGGUGCCUUUCCACACUAGAAUGUGCUGCAAUAGCUCUUUCCAUUGUGGAGAAAAAUGAUGACAUUCAGGAGAUUUUGCUACGCCCUCUUCAAGCUUUGUGCUCCUUCCAACUUCAGCAUGGUGCUCAGAUCCAUCACAGCAAGGAACAUCUUCUGAAAAAUGGCUUGUACAACAAACCCUUGCCUAAGAAUAAACGCAAGCUCAGGAAAAUGGAACUUCUACUGAACAAUGUUAAAAUUUAGUGAGAUUGACCACCUGGUGCUCGGUGCUAUUGUACUUAUCCUUUUGCAAUGGACAGUAACCGUCCAAGUUCUCUUUCUUUGUAACUCACGGAGUUGGCUGACUCCAUAGAAGAACUCGAGGUAGAGUACUACAAAAUCAGAAUCUGACCUACAGCAAGGAAAUAAACCCAAUAGCCAUUAAAGCCAUGAUUCAGUAAUGUAAAAGGCAAGAUUUUGUACUUUGGUCCUUUCAAGAAUGUGGCUAUUCAUUUUGGGAAUCCCAAUGAGACAUGGCCAACCAGUGGUUUUCAUCUAGGUUCUCCAUUCAAGGUGAAUCCUUUUCGAAAAAGAAGGGAAAAUGUAGUGCCUAAUUUGAAGCAGAACCGUUUCUUUCAUGUCUGGAUCGGUUUUGCAGUCUUGUUCAUGCCAUUCUUGUAGAGCAUGAGGAUUGCAUUCCUGUAGAACCCUUAUGUUGAGGAAAACUCACCUUGUAGUAUUCAGUCUAUGUCUAACAGUGCACAUGUGCACACUAUUUUCUUCCAAUACUGCAGCGUAUUGUAUCCAGACAAAUGCACGUUGUCAGAAGGACAUUCUUAAGUCUCCAUAAUGUUAGAACCAAAAUGCGUACAUAUACUUCUGAGAGAGAGGCCCUGGCAGAACUGGUAUAUUUUGUUGUGCAAGAAGCAGCAUAGCCUAGUGGAUAGAGCCCGGGCCUGAAAGUCAGAAGGACCCGGAUUCUAAUCCU